AUGAGUACAGGUGACAACGCCUUGAUUUCAAGCUCAGCACCAGCCUUCGAUGGAGCGUCUCCUCUUCAUCUGCAUCCCUCGGAUCAUCCCAACCUCAUGUUCGUCAGCGAGGUUCUCACUGAUCUCAAUUACAGUGAAUGGGCAGCCGAGAUGACCAACUCUCUGUUGGCUAAAAACAAGCUAGGGCUUGUUACAGGUACCGUUCCGCGUCCCGCCUCUGGUCCCGAGCUUGAAGCUUGGGUGCGCUGCAACGCAGCGGUCGUCGGUUGGCUUCGCACCGGCAUGAGUCGCGACAUCCGCAGCAGCCUUUCCGCCAGUCUCACCGCGCAACAGAUUUGGGAUGAGCUCAAGGAGCGUUUUUCCACAGGUAAUCUUCCGCGCCGUUACAAGUUGCGUCGGGAUAUCACAAACCUUCGACAGGACAGGUUGAGCGUUGCUACUUUCUAUUCCAAACUGAAGCGCCUUUGGGAUGAUUGGCUCACGUUGGACCCUCCUGCUCGCUGCACUUGUGGCAAGUGUGAAUGCAACGUCGAACAACGCACUCGCUCUUCUCACGAGGACAUGCGACUUCUUGAUUUCCUGAUCGGACUUGAUGAGAGUUUUUCCGUCGUUCGCACGCAGCUUCUCUCAAUGAAGCCGACUCCUUCACUCGGCGCUGCCUAUCAAAUGGCCGCCAACGACGAACAGCAGCGGAACCUCUCUCAGGACACUCGUCCUUCUAUGGAUGCUGCUGCUUUCCAAGGGAAAAGUGACAACCUCCCCUCCGAGCCUCGCACUCCUGAAGGGCGGCCUUGGUGCACCCAUUGCGAGAAGCCUGGCCACUUCAAGGCCACUUGUUACGAACUCAUUGGCUAUCCGCAACGUUCUGGGAAUUCACAAGGCACCAAGUCCGGUGACAAGUCACGCCGCCGCCACGGGAAACAAUCACGAUCUGAAGCCAAAGCGGCUGCUGUGGAGAGCGAUGAUAGCAGUGCUGUUCCCGGCUUGAGUGCGGCUCAACUUGCUCAACUCCGUGCUUUCCUGGGCAUGGAUUCUAAGGUCACUCCAUCGGCUGGCAUGGCGGUCAACAUGUCAGGACUUGGCUACAAAGAAGAUGAUUGGCAUGGGGAUUUAGAGUGA